UGGUCUUAGGACUGUUAACGGUUUUUGGCGGGUUUCCAACUUUCGAUGUAUUUUGCUUUUGACAAUCUACAUAGAGAACAGACACGAAAAGAACCGACGUUAUAUUGCAGUCGUAUCCCUCAAUUUUCCCUCCGACAAACAGUGAAACGCAAUACCACGAGACGAACCUGAGUUGUUCUGCAUCUCAUCUCAGAUCUACCAAACCAAAACCUUGAACAGCUUUCAAUUUCCAUCGAUCUCUCUUUGAGAGAAGAGGAGAUCCUGACUUUGGAGAUGCAACAAGGAGAUUACAGCAGCACUCCUUUUUACCAAUACCACCAGCCCCACCUUCAAAACCCUAACCCUAUCGAUCUCCAGCCUAAUCCCGUUCCUCCGACCUACGCCUCCGCUCCUCCUUUCUCCUCCAACUUCUCUGCACCUGCGUCAGAUUUUCCAGGCUUUUCCUCUACAUAUCCUCCAUAUUCGCAGAUUCCCGAACCUGUCCCCAGUCUCCCCCCUACUGCUCCUUCGUACGCACAGAACCCCAACUUCCAGUCCUUUAAUCCCUCUUCUCAACCUUCUACCUUCCAUUCCUUCCCAUCUGCUCCAGAACCACAGGCUCUAUACGCACCUCCAACCCAGCAACCAUCGUAUUAUCCACCAUAUGAUCAGCAUCAGACGGCUCCUAAUUACGCCCCUCCACCGUCGACUCCUCCAAACCCUAACCCUAAUCCCAGUCCCAGUUCCUCGUUUCCAACGCCCUACUCCGCAUCGUAUGGACCCUUUGGUUCUUCGGCAUCACCCUCACCGCCCGUAUAUGAAAACCCUUACGAGAGUGGCGUGAAAUUUGAUCACGGGGGAGGUUACUUUGAUGAAGGCAUGUACGGCCGGAGUCGAUCCGAUUUGGGGUCAGGUUUCUUCGAGAAGAGAACGGAACCUCGUUACGAUCGGGGUGGGUUCCGUGACGAUGGCCUUGGAGAGGGUGUUUAUGCUUACGAUGGUGGAAGGGUGGAGCCAUACGGUGCUCGUGGAACUGGCUCCCAAUCAUCUACGUGGUCGGCUUUUGACGAUUUUGGUAGGUCCACUAGCUUCUCGAGUGGGAAGGACCAAGUGGUUUCCACUAAGAUUGUGAAGGCUGUUCCAAAGGCAGAUACGCAACAAGAUGUGAAGAAUGGAGUGCAGAAAUUCCGGGUCAAGCUUUUACCAGAAGGCGGAAGUCAGGGCACCACCGAUGUUCUUUGCCAGAUUGGUUUGGAUGGUAUUCGAAUGCUUGAUCCCAGUACAAGUCGGACAUUGAGAAUUUACCCACUUGAGACAGUGACAAGAUGGGAGGUCACCGAUUCGUCUAUCUUUACUUUUUGGUCCAAAAGCUCAGUUGAUAUUGAACCAAGACGCAUAAGACUACAAUCAAACAGCUAUACAACUAGCACCAUUCUUGACACUGUGACAGCUGCAACUGUUCAGCUUAAGGAGAUGGGUGGACGAAGCAAACCUUCUGAGUCCAUAAAGUUAUCUGAACAGUCUACUGAGAGAAAGAAAGGUUUUUCUGAUUGGGUGAACUUGAUGAAGCCUAGCAAUGAGGAAAAAGAUCAUUGGGUUCCUGACGAAGCAGUUACCAAAUGUACAGCUUGUGGGACAGAUUUUGGAGCUUUUGUGAGAAAGCACCACUGCAGGAAUUGUGGGGAUAUUUUCUGUGACAAGUGUACUCAUGGGAGAAUUGCUCUCACAGCAGAUGAGCAAGCUCAGCCAGUUCGAGUUUGUGACCGAUGCAUGGCAGAAGUUACUCAAAGGCUAAGUAGUGCAAGGGAAACGGCCAGCAAACCUGCUGUGUUGCACAGCCAUGAGGAUCUUGCCAGGAAGCUUCAGGAGGAGAUGGACAAAAAUCGCAGAUCGUCAUCAGGUUCAAGGUCUGAUGGAUCUGGGAGGAGGAUGAGAGAAGUUGCCUGUCCUAUUUGCACGGUCCAUUUACAGGUUCAAGUUCCAAGCUCUGGUUCUGAGACCAUAGAAUGUGGAGUCUGCCAGCAUCCAUUUCUCGUGAGUGCUCAUUGAAUCCCAAGCCGAGUAAUUAUACCUUGACAGCCGUCUGUUGAUACACAAAAGAUCUCGUCCCUGAAUCUCCUAUGUUUAGUUCGAUUUGUUUGGUCCAGUUGCUUCUGCUAUCAAUAAGCAAUCUUCAUUUGUGGAGUUAGUGUAUAUCAUCUAUUGGUUACGUAUACAUGUUUAACCUAAUGGAAGUAGUUAGUUGCCCGCUUGUAUGUAUGUCAACUUAUUUCUAGUGGAAGGCCCUAUGGUUGUGGACAUGAUUUUAUGUAUCACAUCCAAAAACAACAACAAAAAGAUUUUAUGUAUGAAGUUUUAUCGUUGCACAUUCGCCAACUGUUGGUGAUUGGUGAA